AUGUCGUGGCUCACCUCGCUCGCGAUAGGUUUGGCUGGCCGCAAGCAGAUCGAGCUGGAGGACGUCGACGAGAUGGGUGAGCUCUUCUUGGAUGCGAAGACAAGCGCGGCGGUAAUCGGCACGGAGGGCGGGUUCAAUGCGGAUAAGACGCUGUAA